CAUGCACUUGUCUCCAAUGUCUCUUUAACGUCAUUGACCACUUACCAUUGGAUUGUUGCUUUUAGGCUGGAGAGUGGUGCGAGCCAAUCACGUUGCGGCCUCCUAACGAGGCCUCGUCCACCCCAGUGCAGUACUGGCAGCAUCAUCCCGAGAAGCUCAUCUUUCAGUCUUGUGACUAUGAAGCCUAUUAUCUUGGCUCCAUGUUGGUGAAGGAGCUCAGAGGGACGGAGUCCACACAAGAUGCUUGUGCCAAAAUGAGGAAGUCGACAGAACAGAUGAAGAAAGUGCCAACCAUCGUCCUCUCCGUGUCCUACAAAGGAGUCAAGUUCAUCGACGCCACAAAUAAGAACAUCAUUGCAGAGCAUGAGAUCCGGAACAUCUCGUGCGCAGCUCAAGAUCCAGAGGAUCUGUCGACGUUUGCCUACAUCACCAAAGACCUCAAGUCCAGUCACCACUACUGCCACGUCUUCACUGCUUUUGACGUGAACCUGGCGUAUGAGAUCAUCCUCACCCUGGGCCAGGCCUUCGAGGUGGCGUACCAGCUCGCCCUGCAGGCCAGAAAGCCCGGCCACGGCUCGUCCACGCUGCCCGAGAGCUUUGACAGCAAGCCGAGCAAACCUGUGCCCAAACCACGCAUCAACAUUCGGAAAUCUAUGGAGCAGCCGUCCAUGGACCAGAAGGGCCACGCCAACGUGCCGUGGAUUGUGGAGCCGGGUCAGGAGGCCAAGAGAGGAGUCAACACCAAGUACGAGACCACUAUUUUCUAACAUACACCUGCCUUGUCCACUCCUGUGUGUGUGUGCCUUUCAGAGGUCAGAGGCCCUGUACUGGGGCCCCGCCCCGGAGUUGGGCUCGAGCGACGCACGCCGCCGUGUCACCUCACCGGCUGAAAAACAAAAUAAAACCCCGCCCCCUCCCAUUGCCGAGCCUGUCCACUGCAUGAUGACGUUUGGCGCUGCGCUGUCUCUCUCACUCUCUCGCUCUUCUUCUUCCUCUUCCUCCUUGUCUUCUUUUCUUCUUCCUCUCUUUUUUUAACACCCCCCGCCCCACCGUCUGUGGCCCCGGGCUCCAUUUUCCUGCCUGCAGGCCUGGCGCAUGACCUUUUCACCCAGGGCUGUGGGGCACUUCUGUCUCCACCUGUAGGGGGCAUUGGUCAGCUUUGUUUUUCCCACUUCCUGUUUGUCGGUCAGUCAGCGUUCAACCGGGUGGUUUUUUCCGCAUCUUUGUUUGAGAUUUGAGUUUUUCACCUCUUGUUGGUGGGUGUCACUUUCUAAUCUGUCGCUCCUCCUGCCUCCAUCCCUCACUUUUUUCUUACAAUUCAGCCACAGCGUCCAGCUGCCCCCCCCCCACCUGAAAAAUUAAAAACAAAAAAAAACUCACUGAGAUUUGCAACAUCAGCAUUCGUAACAGUGUUUUAACUGUCUUUUCAGCCAGAUGUGAAGAGCUGACUAUGCUGAGGGAUGGUGUCUGAGAAAUGACAACAGGAGGAAAGGUUGUUUUUUUUUUUGUUUUUUUUAGUAAUAGAAGAGGAGAGAUGAUGUAGCACACAAAAACUUUGGCUUUGAACCUACCAGAAUGUACUUCAAAGGUGGAGUAUGCAGGAAGAUUUCUUAUUUUGGUCUGACGGGGGUGCUGUAAACACAUUUGAAAUACCACCAACUGUAGGGGGACAACAUUAUAGUUUCAUCUAAAUCUGAAACUUAUUUAAUGUAAAUCUAAAACCUAAGAGAAAAUAGCAAAACAAAUUCACACAAGGAGUAAGAAAACAAUUGACUGCAUGAAGAAACUUAAAACUUGAAGAACAACUAAACUGUUUUAAAAUGUUUAAAAUGUAUUAUUCUUAGCGCUACCUUACAGUCUCAUAUUUACUCUUUGCCCGAAACAAACUUUUCACCACUCUAAAAAAAGGGAAAAAAGGAGAAAAUACAAACAGACGGCGGCAACAAUGCAAAUGAACGCACCAUCAUACAGUCAUAGUUGCCGAUGAUGAAAUGAUAGGAUUUGUUUUGUGAUUCCUGCAUACUCUGCUUUUCAUUAGACUUUUGUGUUCUUUUGGCAAACGUUCACAAGUUGUCCAUUAAACAGCUUUAAUCUUGACUUUUUACACAUGAAAAUUUAGGCGAUUAUUGCUUUUACAGCAACUUUUUUUUUCACGUGUACAAUGUGUUGUUUUUCACGGCCAUAAAUCUUUUUUUUUUUUUUUUGGAGAGAGAAAAACUUUGUAUGUAAAGUGAAGAACAGAAAAAAAAAGGUUUUCUUUUUUAGCAUGUGGCUUGUGAGACGCAUGGUGGCCAUUUUUGGAAUUGCUGAGCAGGGGGGCCGGCGGUGAGGCCGGGGGUGUGAGGGCUGUCUGGAUAAGUGAUGUCAUCUCAUUUUGCAGGGCAAUGCCGGACGCUCAUGUCUAUUACUGUGGAAUACAAAGAAUGUAGCCAGCCCUAAACACGGACAUGGUCUCUCACACACACAAUGCAAAAAAAGUGGGACUACAGUGGACUUCCAAUAAACAUGGACGCCACCCGCAGUGUUUAAGGUUGACUGCAAAUAAAAACAUGCCUGAAACGUUAAAAAAAAAGGAAUGGACCUGAACCCAGGACACUUUUUAUGGAGACUUGAUUAAAAGACUGCGUCUAUGCAGACGACACUCUGCUCUGAAUGUACACGUUUUUUUCUGAAACAGCCUCAACUUUUCUGCAGCUGCAGCAGUACCUGUUUUUAUGCAGCCGACUCGGAUCUGGCAAACUCCAGUCGGUACGAGACCGUGGACUGAGAAAAGGUCGAUAAAAGUGUACGGCAACGUCUGGCUGGCUCUUCUUUGGUCGUUUCUUUUUUUUCCUUUAAAGUCAGAAAAAAAAUAGGAAAACAGAAAUAUGCACAAGUGUUACACGUGACAAACACACUUCACGAAAAGGAACAAAAACUGCAUCUGAUGUUUAAAAAAAAAUUAAUAAAGUAUUCUAUUGAUAUUGCCCGACAUUUUAAUGUUUUAAUGAGAGUAUUAUAUUACCAUGAUGAUGAUGAUUAUUAUGAUUAUUCUUGUGCAAUUCUUGUCUACUGUUGUCUUAACGUCACAUUAUUUUUCUAUGAUAUGCUAAAAGAUGAGCUUGAGAAUGAGAAUGAGAAUGAGAAUGACGGCCGCCCUUUAAGAAAUAUAAAGUACCUGAUGAAGAUAGCAAAUGAUACUCAGAGAGUGAACGUCACUGACAGCUCGCUGCACUGGUCAGAUGGUCAUUUGUCACGGGACUAACUCGUGUAUUUAGCAGAUGUGACUAUUUUACAGGCAGUAUUACUGUAGGAUCCGGACGAGGCUCGAUCCACUUCUGAAAAUGUACAUAUGUUAUUUUGCCAACUCAUUGUUCAUAUAUGUAAAAUGUAAAAGAAGUCAAAAGAAAUAAAGGUUCGCAGUUUGUGGCACUGUAAAAACAAGGUACCAAAAUAGACAGGUGGAUAAAUUAAAGUUGGAGAAGGAAACAAAAGAGCUGUGGGGAAGUGUUAAAUGUAGAGACUGUAUUUUGAGUAAUACGUCAAAAGGGUUAGAAGUUCUAUGACAUCACUGCUGAAAUAAUGUACAUAGGCUUGGGCUUCCAGCAAACUGAUUUUUGUAAUUCUGGCCAUUUAUUUAUAUCCUUGUAAAGCACAUGAAAUAAAAGCCACACUUGUACGACUAUGAA